ACUAGAUAAAACUGCAGGAAGAAAUCACAUGAGAAAAUCCCGGUCCCUAAUCACUCCUACCCGUUAGUUGUGCCAACUAUCAUUCAGAUUCCCCUCAUUCUUUUCAUCAUGCAUAAACACACACAGUAGCUAUAGCACCCUUAUUUUGACCCUUCCUCAUUCUUCUUCUAUUCUCUUCAAUUCACCUAACUCACUUUUCCCCCAAUUUUCAUUCCUUAAAACCAUUCUAUUCAUUUUCCAGUAACAACAACAACAGAUCCAGAAAAUGUCUCUUCUAUCACGUUUCGCUUCAUCACAAUUCGGAUCCAACAUCCUCAAACCCACUUCAAUCCUCUCAUCAUCUCAACGACGUCGUUCCUUUUCUUCGUCUUCCGAUGAAACCCUAACAAUUGAAACCUCCAUCCCAUUCACCUCCCACAACUGCGAACCACCGUCUCGCACGGUUGAAACCACCGCAUCAGAACUCAUGUCCUUCUUCCGUGACAUGGUUCUCAUGCGUCGUAUGGAGAUCGCCGCUGAUUCACUUUACAAAGCCAAAUUAAUCCGCGGUUUCUGUCAUCUCUAUGAUGGUCAGGAAGCUGUUGCUGUUGGUAUGGAAUCAGCAAUUACUCGAAAAGACUGUGUAAUUACUGCUUAUAGAGAUCAUUGUACCUUUCUCUGCCGCGGUGGAACCCUAAUUGAGGUUUUUUCUGAACUUAUGGGUCGGAGAGAUGGUUGUUCCAAAGGGAAAGGUGGUUCCAUGCAUUUUUAUAGGAAGGAAGGAGGGUUUUAUGGUGGUCAUGGAAUUGUUGGUGCUCAGAUUCCACUUGGUGUUGGAUUGGCUUUUGGUCAGAAAUAUUCUAAGGAUCCAAAUGUUACUUUUUCUUUGUAUGGUGAUGGUGCUGCUAAUCAGGGUCAGUUGUUUGAGGCUCUUAAUAUUGCUGCUCUUUGGGAUCUUCCUGCAAUUUUAGUUUGCGAGAAUAAUCAUUAUGGAAUGGGAACUGCUGAGUGGAGAUCUGCCAAGAGUCCUGCUUAUUACAAACGUGGGGAUUAUGCUCCUGGAUUGAAGGUAGAUGGCAUGGAUGUUCUUGCUGUAAAGCAAGCUUGCAAAUUUGCAAAGGAACAUGCUUUGAAGAAUGGUCCCCUUAUUCUUGAAAUGGACACAUACAGAUAUCAUGGCCACUCCAUGUCUGAUCCUGGCAGCACAUACCGUACACGUGAUGAAAUUAGUGGUGUUAGACAGGAGCGUGAUCCAAUUGAGAGAGUAAGAAAGCUGGUAUUGGCUCAUGACAUUUCUACUGAAAAGGAACUAAAGGACAUUGAGAAAGCAGCGAGAAAAGAAGUUGACGAAGCCAUUGCCAAAGCAAAGGAAAGUCAAGUGCCAGACCCAUCUGAUCUAUUUACCAAUGUCUAUGUUAAAGGUUUAGGAGUUGAGGCAUGUGGUGCUGAUAGGAAAGAAGUAAAAGCUACUUUGCCAUAAUGGGUGAUUUUAUCGUUUGAAUGUCUUCUUCCCUUGUUACAGACCAAUCAAAAUAAUGAGAAUAAACGGUUCUUCAGCUGCAUAUCGUCUCUCUGCCUAUUGGUGAAGCUUUUCCUAAUUUGUAUAUGAAAUUCAUUCUUGAGUAGCAAUGUGGCGGCUUUAACAUUUAGCAUGUAAUUUUGGAGGGACCCCUAUUUUAAUUGAUUAUUGAUUAUACAUGCAACUAAUGUAUUGCAAAUUGGAAGAGUCAUUGUGCUCAAUUUCUUUUGAAUGUGUUCCACAAUUGGUGGAAAAAUGUUGCCAUUACUUUUUAAUGUAAUCAUGGAAUUGUGUUUCAAUUAUAACCAUUAAAUUUGAAUAUGAAGAAUUCAUGUUUUUGGGACAA